CUCCGGGAAUCGGACUGACUUUCUGGCUCCCGCAGCAGCGACAGACCCCGCUCUGCUCCUCCAGGACUGAUCAACGCCCAGAGUCUGGGAUAAAUCUCAAAUUGAAGUUCUCUUUCCAUUUCCUGUUGGGUUUUCUUUCCGCCGUCCUAGCGGAAGCAGCAGCGGCAGCACUGAUUCCUCGGCUGGCGUCGGACGAAGCGGGGAUUCAACUUAGACGAACCCGCAGACAUUUUGUUAUUUCUGAGAAUUAGACGCGUUUCUUUCUCCUCGUCGCCGCGGAGCGAAGUGGGAGCGUGUGAAGGGCCGCGACACAAGACCCGGGGGGAGAAGAAGCCGUUCCCGAGCCAACUGCAGCCCGGACGUGUCCGCCUGUGGAACGUUAUUCAUUUACCCGCGUUUAGCUCGCGUCGCUGCCGCUGGUGCGUCGAGCCGGAAAAACUGCGAUGAAUCAUUUUGACGGACAGCGUCUGAAGAACUAGCUGAAGCAGAGAGGAGCCCGGCUGCUGGUGCUUCGCUGCGCGCUUACAGAGUCAACACAGUCAACACAGGGGGGACAGGCACCGCUCGACGCUCCUCCAUCACCGGCACGAGACCCAGAGCCCUUCUCCACCAGCACUCGCCCUCCACGUAGAGUUUAUCUCUAUCGAUUCCGGUGUGUUUGUCCGGGGGGAGCUGGGUCGCUAGCUACCUUGUAAGCUAGUCUACCGGCUAACGCUGGACAGCUCCUGGUGAAGGCUGGGCUAGCUGUGGACAAAGGAGCACCGCGAGGUGAAAAAUUACAAACACAGGGCACACAGUUGAUCGUGUUUAGGAAGGAGAGCAACAAACAAGGGACUGACAUGAUGUUUCCACAAUCCAGACACUCAGCUUCAUCGCAGCAGCUGAAAUUCACAACCUCCGACUCCUGUGACAGGAUCAAGGAUGAGUUCCAGUUCCUCCAAGCACAAUACCACAGUUUGAAGCUUGAGUGUGACAAGUUGGCCAGUGAGAAGUCAGAGAUGCAGCGCCAUUAUAUCAUGUACUACGAGAUGUCCUAUGGGCUCAAUAUUGAGAUGCACAAACAGGCUGAGAUAGUGAAGAGAUUGAAUGGGAUCUGUGCACAAGUCCUCCCCUACCUGUCUCAGGAGCACCAGCAGCAGGUUCUGGCAGCCAUAGAGAGGGCCAAGCAGGUCACCCCUCCAGAGAUGAACUCCAUCAUAAGGCAGCAGCUCCAGGCUCACCAGCUGUCACAGCUCCAGGGCCUGGCCCUACCCAUGACCCCCCUGCCUCUGGGCCUGAGCCAGCCAUCCCUCCCCGCUGUCACCACCUCCUCCGGUCUCUUCUCCCUCUCCUCCCUGCUGGCCUCCCAAGCCCAGCUGGCCAAGGAGGAGAAAGCGUCACGCGAAGGAGUCGACAGCCAUCGCGAGGAGGACGGAGACAAGUCUGAUUAGAUGGUUUCCAGUUCAGCUCUGUUUCUAUCCAGAGACCUGAAUCCAGAGAUCUGAGCCCCCUUGGCCUACAGUCGCUCUCCUGGUCUCCCUCUAUCUGACCUUAGCUAUCAUUGGCUUUAAUCCCUUCACCAUUUACCUGGAUGUUUUUUAUCCUCCCUUCUCUCUAUCACAUCAGUGUCUCUUUGUUGUAUGCUGUGUCUUUUCUUUAAUCUCUCUCUUUUUUUGUAUGUAAUACAACUUUGUUACUACCAUGUUUUUUCUUUUUUAUCAGGACUUUCUAUAUCGGUUGCUUCCUGCCGUCCUGUUGCUCUGUCAUGUUUAGUUUCAGUUUUUUUUUUCACCAUCCUUCUCUUCCUGUCCUCCCCCCCACCUCUUGCCUCUGCUCUGAGGGGGCUUGGACAGCACUGUCACACAGGACUGAUCUAUGGGAAUGAACACGCAGUCCUGUAGGUGUUAAAACAAGCUAAAUGUUAAACAGAGGGAUUCUUUGGCGGGUUGUAAAAACUGUCGCGCACAUCCCAUCAUUCCUACAAAACUCACUUUCCUAAGAUAUGGUCUCACAAAGCUUAAUAGUGUUGAUUUUUUUUUUUUGUGGCAGCUCACAUUGCAUGCAUUUAUUCAAACAUAAAAUCGGCCUGAGUUAACAUUUGAUGGAUCAGAGAAUUGUUUGAAAAUUGCCUAAUGCCCAAACUAAAGGGAGCGAUAGACCUGUUGUUUUGUUUCCUACAGCUACCGUCACAUUCUGACCUAAAUUGUUUUAAUAAGACCCCUCCAGAAAAAUAGAGAUUGUGUAUAAUCCUGAAUUUAUAUGGAGAAAGGAAAAGCACCUUGUAAGAGCUAACCUCGUGCUGAGACCUGUCAGUCCAGAUAACAAACCCACCGUAGUAAGUAAUCCCCCCCCUAUUUACGAUCCUCCUCGCCUGACCCUGUGAGGUACGUCAGAUAAAUCCGCCCAGCACCUUAAAUACAAGGCAACUUUUUUUUAAUCAGACAUUACAGAGAGCAGAGGUGGCAACAAAAAUAACCGAGAUGCCACUCAUGCAACCGCCCCCCCACCACCCCUUUCAUCUUUAACGUGCACUAAUAUUCGAGCAGACACUUGCAGGGAGAGAGCGUGCAUGUUGUGUGUUUGACAGCAGAGGGCAGCGUGUGUCUUUGAAGAAGCGUCCUUCACGGGCUCAGGCUUGAGCUAAAAACAAGGACAGGACAGAGAGCAGGCAGUGUCACGAGGGCGGCGGCUUAUUGACCCUCGCUGAGUGUACAAACUUAGUAAACAGAGACGAGACUGGAGACGUCGAAACUCUGCAUGCAGUCCGUCCCAGUCUCUGUCAUGAACCAGAUCUUGAGGAGUAGCCUUUGGUCUAUUUUAAGAAACAUCUGUGUCCUCCCAUUAAGAUGGAAACAUUGUCCCGCUGUACAUUGAGAUUCACUCAGUGCGUUUGGAUUCACUUGAACACACAGGUCUGCCACGUAUUUGACUAGCACAACAUUGCACAGGUGAUCUAACAUUUUAAUACGCCACUGAAAUCUCCAAGAUCUAACAAUUCAUAUCAGACAGAUGCAGCCCGGAAAGCUGCUUCGGCUCCGUCAGUCUCACCACCCUGCUCACCCACCCUGCUGUUUUCAUUUAUAAUGUUACUCCGUCUGAUUAGACCUCUCGUCAGGGGGAAGUUGAACGUGUCUACAUGGACCCGCUGCACCAGUGUAAACAUUAUAGUGCCCUCAGUGGCCCAGUGGUCCGAACACAGGCCGUACAGUAGGUUUACAAGGCGUGUGAACUUUGAAGCAUCUUCUUCCCUCACUUCCUGUCGUGUCUUCAAUGUCUUACUUAGAACAAAAAUGACCUAAAUGUGCUAAAUAAAUAUCCCACAACUUCAGAAUUCAGUGCUCACUAUAGAGAAGUUGCUCUUAAACAUUCGUCCAAAAGUAAACGAAACAAAAAAGUUCCAAAGUAGUUUUUAGUGAAAUGAGGGUAAUUGUCGCCAUGUAAAUAAAACGUUUUCAAUUGGGUUGAAUCCAUUUUCCACUGGUCAUCAUCACACACGGUGUAGUAACUCCACCUCCCCAGUUUGAGAACCACUCUAGAAAAACAACCUGAUCUAUGUGAAGGAGGGAGUGAUUUCAGACAGUGUCUAUGUACUUUUGAAAUGAUUGCAAGUUGAAUUUACACAUGAUAGUGGAACGGAUUGUUGAUUCCCAUGUUUAUAAGUCAAGCUGUCAGUAAACAACAGAGGAACUGAAGAGUUGCGUGUUCUCUGUGAAGGUUACAAACACUGUGAAUUGACGACAUACCACUCUUUCCAUUACAUUUCAGCUUAAUUAAAAAGGGCUUUGGUUGACACGAGGCAUUUGGCUUUCAGGCAUGAGUCUGAUGUAUUAAAGGUAAACGUCACACACGUCACACACAUCAGUUUUCAGGGAAAAGACUCUUUCCCACUGUCUAAAACUUUAACUCUGACAACAUGACGGCAGCAAAACAUGUGCAACAAAACUACUGGUGGUGUGACGGAGCGUAAUCUCCACAUCAUGUGAAACGGGGCAUUCAUUCAUACUUUAGUCGUAUGCACGAAGCAGUCAACAGGUGAUACUCUGCCGAAAGACCAACCUUUCCAUCGCCAUGUCCAGUCAGUGCACGACGGCCAUGUUGGACAACGAUACGUGUUCCACAUGUGAGUGCACUGACUUGAGAGACAGAGUCACGUGAGGAGGUCUAAUCAGGCAACAUGAGUGGAAACACGUGUGUGCUUGGGCACCUGUGUAAAAGCUAUCCAGGAGCCAAGAUGGCGCAGUCACAUGUUUGAAAAGUUUGAAACAGGAUGAAAUUCACCAACACAUUUCCAGCAGAGGAAUCCUUAGUGGUAUCGAUCUUGUGACACUCUCGGUCCACAGAGGUGGUCGGACUUAGUGACGACUUGUGUUUGUAUGAUUGUUGAUUUGACAUGUUUUACACAUACACACACAUACACUUUCUCAGCCUCCCCUCUGUUCUAAUGGCUUAAGGGUGAGUGAAUGGAUAUGAAGAGUUUCAUUCUCAAACUCUUUACACAUGUUUAAACAAUCUCUGGAAACAAUGAUGAAGCACAUUUUAUUGUUGACGUCACCUUUAAAACUGCUGAUUCGUGUGCGAGUUUGACACAGUGGAAAUUCAGGAAGCAAAAAAACCAACAUCUCCAUAUAAAGGAAUCUCAGAAUGAAACCCUUUGUGUGUGUGAAAGUGUCUGUGGGACGAUCCUGCAGCUUUGUGUGCGCUCGUGAUCGAGGUGUGUGUGUCUAAACCGUUGUACAGGUUCGGCCGUCAGUGAUAAACCACAGGAAUGAAAUGCAUCGCUGUUCUUACAAACGCUUACAUGCUCGUGAAUUUAAGCUUGCGGCACAUCGUCGUCCCAUCUAGCCACAUGCUGUAUGUAUCCAGCUACAUACUGUACUUGUCGUAGUGAUAUGCAGCGCAUGUAGACAAAGUGACACACACCCACACAUAAGUGCAUGUCUGCGGGGGAACUGAGUGAUUUCUUUCUAGUGGAGACAUUUUUUUUUAAAAAGAAUGUUUGUUCCAGGUUUUUCUGUGAUCAAUGCACUUGGUGUCUUCUUUCUGUUUUUUUUUUUGUUUUGUUUUUUAAAUCAGUUUUCUUUUCCUUUAUAUAUUCGAUAUGAACUAGAACCAGAGUUACAAAGCUGACGUUAUAAACAUAGAAAUGAGAAUCUAUGUAUUUGUUAAGUAGUGGGAGGCGCUGGCCUCUGUAUACAGUUAUACAUAGAAAGCUUUAUGUGUAUAUGGCUGCAUCCUCUCUUGUCUGUCCUUGAUGAUUCUUGUGCUAUUGUGUUACAAACCUGAUGUGACACCAGGGGGGAAACAACUGCAGUACGUUGACCUUUUUUUGCCCUUUGACCUCUUUCCCCCUCUCUGAUCCCCCCACCCCACCCAUCCCACCUCAUCCCCCUUUACUCCCGCGCCACAUUACCCCCCCCCCCCCAACCCAAACUUUUUGCCCCAUAGCGUGAAGCAUUGUAAGCGUUUUGAGCUUUGUAAAGGUCUUUUUUAAAUACUUAUUUUGUGUAUAAUGUAAAACCUGAAAGUGUGUACUUUGGCGGAAAAAAAAAAUGUUUUUGUGUCUGGAACCAUAGCUUCAUUUAAACAAAUAAACAACAACUACAACAAAAAUAAACUAUAAAAAAAAAGUACAACAAACAUUUACUAUAAAUAAUAUGAAAUGUUCUGCAGUAAAGAAGGACUUCUUGUGCCUUACAAAUAAAGUCAAUCAAAUCAUAAGAACCUGUUCUGCUUCUUCUUUUACUCUGUUUGAAAUCUUUGUUGAGUGAACUCUGGUUACAUUUUGUACUGUAAAUGAAUGAUCAGAUUAUA